AUGAAGAAGCAAUCUCACGGCCAACAAAGUUUUUGGAAGAUGUCGUGCCUGAAUCUGUCAACAAACGUGAGCUUGGAGGGCAUUGAUGCCUCUGCCAUCCUCUCCGAAGCCACCUCUACCGUCGUCGACCUAAUCGGCAAACCCAAAGCCCUUCAAAAAUUAUCCAAGGAAAAGAAACCCCCCUUUCUAAUCAAUCCAUGUCUUGCUUUUACGAGUGUGAUUCUAGAGUCAAAGUUAAGCAAGGGAUCUGUGACGAUGGCUUUUGGAGGUUGCGAGCAGCCAACAACGUAUGGUGAGCUGGUGUCCAUCGCAGAUUUGAAUCCUAAUGUAAAAAAGAAACUAAGUGUUGCAGUUGCCGAGAUUCUUAGCUCCAAGCUCUCUGUUCCCAAAUCACGAUUCUUCCUUAAAUUUUUCGACUCAGAGGCUCGAUUGCGGGAACGAAUGUCUUCAAACUCAAUCUAA